AUGGGCAACCCUAGUCUUCUCUAUUGGGCAAUAAAGCCCGGAGACAAAUUGAAUAAGAUGUCCAACGAGAAAAUUGGCGCCCAAGAGGCGGAAAGCUUCCGCCGUUUGGCCGUUUUUGGAAUCGCUUUGAGUACGGCUGCCACUCUAACGGCGAUCAUUUGUGUGCCAAUGUUGUACAAUUACAUGCAACAUGUCCAGUCUUCACUCCAAGAUGAUGUCUCUUUCUGUGUACAUCGAACUAAUGGAUUGUGGCAUGAGUAUGAGAGAUUUGAGGCAUCGAAGGGACAUGAGGGACGAUUGAAGAGAGAAGCCGUACAUAGACAUGCGGGAAGAUCGACAAAGAGACGUUUCCGAGUGAGAGGAGCCGCCAAUUAUGGAGGAAGUGGAUAUGGAGAUUCUGGAGUUGGAGCCUUCCAACAAGCUGGUGGUGGUGGUGGAUCGUGUUGUUCAUGCGGGACGGGAGAUGCUGGACCGCCAGGACCUCCAGGAACUGAUGGUCGCCCAGGAAAUGACGGACAACCAGGCAGUGAUGGAGAGCAUGGACCUGAUGGAGAGAGCGCUGGACCAGGUGCUGGAGAUGAGGGAUGUCAGACUUGUCCACCGGCACCGGCUGGAGCUCCUGGAAAUGCGGGACCAAAAGGACCGUCAGGAAAUCCCGGACAAGAUGGACAACCCGGUGGACCGCAAGGACCAUCACCACCUGGCCCACCUGGCCCACCUGGACCUCCAGGAAAUGACGGACAACCAGGACAGCCUGGACAGCCUGGACCAGCUGGACAACAACAGACAAUUCCUGGACCAGCCGGACAACCGGGACGAGCUGGACCUCCUGGACCUGCUGGGCCACCCGGGCAACCUGGAGGCUCUGGACAAUCCAGGCCUGGACCACCCGGACCUCCUGGAGACAAUGGAAAUGAUGGACAACCCGGCUUGCCUGGACAACCCGGUCAAGACGGUGAUGCUGGUGGUGAGGGUAAUGGAGGUGGAUGUGAUCAUUGUCCUCCACCAAGAACCGCGCCCGGAUAU